AUGAACAGCCCAUACUACGCAGACGACCGCCGCAAGGCCAUCAUCGGCCUUCGCAUUCUCAGCAUCAUCACCACCCUCCCCGUAUUCCCUGCUGUGGCGUGGACUAUGCCCGCCCACGCCGAUGUCAUAAACGACGGUGUCGGCUGGGGCUUCAAUCCCUGGGUGCUCGCCGCGAGCGCCUUUACAUUCAUCUGGUCCACGGCCGUCCUUGUUCUCCGCCUCGGAUUGAACAAACCCAUCCACCCAGGCGUCUAUGUCGCCUUCGACUUCGUCUCCUUUGCCGCCCUAACCGCCGUGACAAUCCUAAUGGCUAUGUUCAUCGAGCCUUUCUUUGGCUCGGAUUACUCGUGUCUUCGAGGUACUGAGUGUGGCGGGCUGGUCCUGGCCCGCGUCGAGUGGUACGCGGCUAUCAUGUCGCUGAUUUGCUGUGCGACGCAGUUAAUCCUGUUCAUCUGGGCUUGCUGGGCGACGGAUAAAGAUCGCAAGAGCAAGAAGCACGUCAAGCGGAAGGAAAACGCUGUCGCUGCGUAA